UCUCAGCCGUCCAUCGUCUCUUCCCAUCGUCCACUAAAAACUCCCACCCUCGACGACGACUCCCCAAAAACACGGCCUUUGAUCGCCGCGAACUCUUGAAGAUCAACAGGGGAUUUCUAAACCCUAGUUUUCGAUUUGAUCGCCGGCGAGCUCCACGGCGCUUUCCCUUUCGAUUUCCGAUCAAGAACCCUAGCGAGAGUCCUAGAUCCCGGCGCCCAGAUCGGGAGCGCUGGGGGCGAAUCAGUCCCGCUCCGAGGCGCCCCCGGCCUUUGGGCACCUCUUUACCCUCUUCCAGAACCGUAAUGAUCGCCGGCGACCGCAGCUUCUAGCGUCUCUCGCUCCUCCUCCUCCCAUGGACUUCGUCUCCCGCCACGCUGCCGAUCCCCGCCCUUCUCCUCCUGAACCCUCUCCCAACCCCUCAUCGUCUUCCAAUUCUGCCUCCACUGCUCCACCUGAGGAGCCUGAGUACCUCGCGCGGUAUCUUGUCGUCAAGCACUCGUGGCGAGGGCGGUACAAGCGGAUUCUUUGCAUCUCUAGUGCGGCGAUCAUCACUUUGGAUCCGAACACCUUGGCGGUCACGAAUUCCUAUGAUGUUGCCGAUGGGUUUGAGGAGGCUGCGCCGGUGCUGGGGCGCGGGGAUGACCCUGGGUCGCAGGAGUUCACGCUUAGCUUGAGGACGGAUGCGCGCGGAAAGUUUAAGCAUAUUAGGUUUUCCUCCAGGUUUCGGGUGAGCAUCUUAACGGAGUUGCACCGGUUGCGGGGCGGAAAGUUGGGACCGGUUGCGGAGUUCCCGGUGCUUCAUCUCCGUAGGAGGACUGCAGAGUGGGUUCCCUAUAGGUUGAAGGUUACAUCUGUUGGUGUUGAGCUUCUUGAAGCAAAUUCUGGAGAGCCAAGGUGGUGUUUGGAUUUCAGGGACAUGAAUUCACCUGCAGUCAUACUUUUGGCAGACAAUUUCGGUAAAAGAAGCAGUGAAUCUGGGGGUUUUGUUCUUUGCCCCCUAUAUGGAAGAAAAUCCAAAGCUUUUUUAGCUGCCUCUGGAGCUUCUAACACAACAAUUAUAUCGUAUUUGACCAAAACUGCAAAGUCUACAGUGGGAUUACUUUUAUCUGUCGACAGCUCUCAAUCAAUGACAGCAGCUGAUUUUCUAAAGAAAAGGGCCAAGGAGGCAGUUGGAGCCGAAGAAACCCCCUAUGGCGAAUGGUCGGUUACUAGAUUACGUUCUGCUGCUCAUGGAACCGCAUACAUUGAAAGCUUAAGUUUGGGGAUUGGACCUAAGGGUGGACUGGGAGAUCAAGGUGAUUCUGUUUCCCGUCAACUCAUUCUCACAAAGGUUUCACUUGUUGAACGGAGACCGGAAAACUAUGAGGCUGUUAUUGUCCGCCCAUUGUCAGUAGUAAGUUCUCUUGUCAGGUUUGCAGAAGAACCACAGAUGUUUGCCAUUGAAUUCAAUGAUGGUUGCCCUAUUCAUGUGUAUGCGAGCACAUCUCGUGAUAGCCUGCUUGCAGCAGUUCGUGAUGUUUUGCAAACAGAGGGCCAGUGUCCUGUUCCUGUGUUACCUAGGCUGACUAUGCCUGGUCACCGCAUAGACCCUCCCUGUGGAAGAGCCUUGCUACUGAUACAGCAAUCUCCUCCUGGUCAACAGCAUCCUGUCUCUGAUAUUGAAAGUUCAUCCAUGCAUUUGAAACACUUGGCUGCUGCUGCAAAAGAUGCUGUAGCUGAAGGUGCCUCAGUCCCUGGUCCAAGAGCAAAGUUGUGGCGUAGAAUUAGGGAGUUCAAUGCUUGUGUACCUUAUGGUGGAGUGCCUCCUAACGUUGAUGUGCCAGAGGUUGUGCUUAUGGCCGUGAUCUCAAUGCUUCCUGUAACGCCUAAUCUGCCGCCUGAGGCUCCACCACCUCCUGCACCAUCACCUAAGGCAGCUGCAACACUGAUGGGCUUCACUGCAUGUCUACGUAGGUUGCUGGUGUCAAGAAAUGCAGCUUCACAUGUGAUGGCUUUUCCUGCUGCUGUUGGUAGAGUAAUGGGGCUUCUCAGAAAUGGGUCUGAUGGUGUGGCAUCAGAGGUAGCUGGAUUUAUAGCUAUGCUUAUUGGUGGUGGUCCUGGUGAUACUGGUGCGCUGAUGAAUUUAAGAGGAGAGCAACAUGCUACUUACAUGCAUACGAAGUCUGUGCUAUUUGGUCACCCAAAUUAUGUUACCGUCCUUGUCAAUAGAUUGAGGCCUUCAUCGGUAUCACCAUUGUUAUCAAUGUCAGUUGUUGAAGUUCUUGAAGCUAUGCUUUGUGAAUCCCAUGGUGAAACUACUCAGCAUACUACUUUUGUCGAGUUGCUUCGCCAAGUGGCCGGCUUACGGCGCCGGCUAUUUGCAUUGUUUGGGCAUCCUGCUGAAAGUGUAAGAGAGACAGUAGCUGUCAUCAUGCGAACCAUUGCUGAGGAGGACGCAAUUGCAGCUGAGUCCAUGAGAGAUGCUGCUUUGAGAGAUGGCGCCCUAUUGAGGCACCUGUUGCAUGCCUUUUUUCUUCCUGCUGGUGAGCGGCGUGAUGUUAGUCGGCAGCUUGUAGCUCUCUGGGCAGAUUCUUAUCAACCUGCUCUUGAUUUGUUGUCAAGAGUUCUACCUCCUGGUCUCGUUGCUUAUUUGCAUACAAGAUCUGAUGCUACACAGGAAGAUUCACAAAACCAAUUUAAUGAAGACGCACCUUCAACCAGGAGAAGGCGUCGCAUUCUCCAGCAGAGGAAGGGCCGCUUAUGUAAGGGCAUAACAUCUCAAGAGCAAGUGAUUCCUCAAAUUAACAAUGUUGAGAAUGGGGAUUUGGCAAGACAAAUUGGCCAUGGUGCUUCUGUAGGAAAUGAAAACCAGCAGAGAUCCUCCCAAGACUCAAAUUUUGGACAAUAUGCUGUCUCUCCGUCUGUUCCAAGUGCAAACCCAAUGAAUGAAUCAUGUUCUGCAGCAGGUGUGCAUAGUUCAUCUUCAGCUACAAAUCCUUCGGUAAACUUUGCUCAAACCAAUAUCACGCCUCUAUCAGAUUCGAAUGCUUCUGAUCCAGUUGAUUCUGACAACUUAACUGGACCUCUGAAUCCUGACCUCCCUACACCAGCACAGAUUGUUGUGGAGAACACUCCUGUGGGCUCAGGUCGGUUACUGUGCAACUGGUACGAAUUUUGGAAAGCAUUUGGUCUAGAUCAUAAUCGAGCAGACUUAAUAUGGAAUGAACGCACUAGGCAAGAACUUAGAGAGGCUUUGCAAGCAGAAGUUCAUAAAUUAGAUGUUGAGAAAGAAAGAUCAGAAGAUAUAGUCCCUCGUGGGUCAAUGGUUGGGGUGAAGCCAGGGCAAGAAAAUGCACCACAGAUAUCUUGGAACUAUGUAGAAUUUUCAGUUAGCUACCCUAGUCUUUCAAAAGAAGUCUGUGUGGGCCAAUAUUAUCUUCGUUUGUUGCUUGAGAGUAGUAGUAAUUUUCGGGCACAGGAUUUUCCACUGCGUGAUCCACCAGCAUUCUUCAGAGCAUUAUAUCAUCGUUUCUUAUGUGAUGCAGACACUGGGCUUACUGUUGAUGGUGCUAUUCCUGAUGAAUUGGGUUCAUCUGAUGACUGGUGUGAUAUGGGAAGAUUAGAUGGUUUUGGGGGAGGUGGAGGUUCUUCAGUCAGAGAACUUUGUGCUAGAGCAAUGGCAAUCGUGUAUGAGCAGCACUAUAAAGUUAUUGGGCCUUUUGAUGGUACAGCUCACAUUACAGUUUUAUUGGACAGGACAGAUGAUCGGGCUUUGAGACACCGGUUGCUUCUCCUACUAAAGGCCUUAAUGAAAGUCAUUUCAAAUGUGGAAGCUUGUGUUUUAGUUGGAGGGUGUGUUUUGGCUGUUGAUCUUCUGACUGUCGCUCAUGAAGCUUCCGAACGAACUUCUAUUCCUUUGCAAUCUAAUUUGAUUGCUGCUACUGCAUUCAUGGAACCACUGAAAGAAUGGAUGUUCAUUGACAAUGAUGGCACACAAGUUGGGCCACUUGAGAAGGAUGCAAUAAGAAGAUUUUGGUCAAAGAAGGCCAUCGAUUGGACUACCAGGUGCUGGGCUUCUGGUAUGUCUGACUGGAAACGAUUGCGUGAUAUCCGUGAACUACGAUGGGCACUCGCAAUUCGUGUUCCUGUUCUCACCCCGGUUCAGGUUGGAGAGAAUGCGCUUUCCUUAUUACACAGCAUGGUCGCUGCACAUUCUGAUCUUGAUGAUGCUGGUGAGAUUGUUACCCCAACACCAAGAGUAAAACGAAUUUUAUCCAGUACUCGGUGUCUUCCGCAUGUUGCUCAGGCCAUAUUGACUGGAGAGCCGGGCAUUGUUGAAAAUGCUGCUUCAUUGCUGAAAGCUAUUGUAACUCGAAAUCCUAAAGCAAUGAUUCGACUAUAUAGUACAGGAGCAUUUUACUUUGCACUGGCAUAUCCUGGUUCGAAUCUUCUUUCAAUUGCACAUCUCUUCUCUGUGACACACGUCCAUCAAGCAUUUCAUGGUGGUGAAGAAGCUGCUGUUUCUUCGUCCUUGCCUUUGGCAAAACGUAGUGUACUUGGUGGACUUCUCCCAGAAUCUUUGUUAUAUGUGCUGGAGAGAAGUGGGCCUACUGCAUUUGCUGCCGCCAUGGUUUCUGACUCUGAUACUCCAGAGAUCAUCUGGACACAUAAGAUGCGAGCAGAACAUCUGAUUCGCCAGGUUCUGCAGCAUCUUGGUGAUUUUCCACAGAAGUUAUCUCAACACUGCCAUUCCCUAUAUGAUUAUGCACCUAUGCCUCCUGUAACAUAUCCUGAGUUAAAAGAUGAAAUGUGGUGUCAUCGCUACUACCUCCGAAACUUAUGUGAUGAGAUAAGGUUUUCAAAUUGGCCCAUUGUUGAACAUGUAGAAUUCUUGCAGUCUUUGUUGGCAAUGUGGCGUGAAGAGUUGACUCGUCGUCCAAUGGAUCUUUCUGAAGAAGAAGCUUGCAAGAUACUUGAGAUAUCUCUGGAUGACAUUGUGACCGGUGAAAAUGCUGGCAACGGGCAAACCUUACAGUCUGAUGGUGAUAAUCAUAGUGCAAACAAAAAGGUUCUGAGCAUCGAUGAAGAAAAACUGAAGCGCCAGUACCGGAAGUUGGCCAUUAAAUAUCACCCUGACAAGAAUCCUGAAGGGAGAGAGAAGUUUGUUGCUGUACAGAAGGCUUAUGAAAGAUUGCAGGCAACUAUGCAAGGAUUACAAGGCCCGCAAGUUUGGAGGUUGUUGCUUUUAUUGAAAUCACAAUGUAUUUUGUAUAGGCGAUACGGUGAUGUCUUGGAACCUUUCAAAUAUGCUGGAUAUCCAAUGUUGCUUAAUGCAGUCACAGUGGAUAAGGAUGACAACAAUUUUCUGUCAUCUGACAGAGUAGCUCUUCUCAUUGCUGCAUCAGAGCUAAUUUGGCUAACGUGUGCAUCAUCUUCAUUAAAUGGUGAAGAGCUCAUAAGAGAUGAUGGAAUACCACUCUUGGCGACACUUCUCUCCCGCUGUAUGUGUGUAGUUCAGCCUACAACCCCGGCAAAUGAGCCAUCUGCGGUCAUUGUUACCAAUGUCAUGCGGACAUUUUCAGUCUUAAGUCAAUUUGACACUGCAAGAACUGAGAUUCUCAAAUUCGGGGGUCUUAUAGAUGACAUCGUCCACUGUACGGAACUGGAGCUUGCCCCUUCAGCUGUUGAUGCUGCUCUUCAGACUGCAGCUCAUGUUUGUGUUUCAGCUGAAUUACAGGAUGCUUUACUGCGAGCUGGAUUGUUAUGGUACCUGUUGCCUUUAUUGCUUCAAUAUGAUUCUACUGCAGAGGAGAAUGAUGUGAAUGAAGCACAUGGUGUUGGUGCUAGGGUGCAGAUUGCAAAAAAUCUGCAUGCUGUCCGAGCAACACAGGCUCUUUCAAGGCUCUAUGGGUUUUCUGGUGAUGGAAUUUCAACACCUCAAAACCAUGAAGCUGUGAAUGCACUCAAAGCAUUGCUUACUCCUAAGCUUGCUAAGAUGCUCAAUGAUCAAGUGCCAAAGGAUCUCUUAUCAAAUCUGAACUCAAAUUUGGAAUCUCCAGAGAUCAUCUGGAAUUCAUCAACCCGAGCAGAACUACUAAAAUUUGUAGAUAAACAGCGGGUCAGCCAAGGCCCUGAUGGGUCAUAUGAUCUUACAGAAUCACAUUCAUUCAUGUAUGAAGCAUUAUCUAAAGAACUCCAUGUCGGUAAUGUGUACUUGAGAGUUUACAAUAACCAACCUGAUUUUGAGAUAAGUGAACCGGAGGCAUUUUGUGUUGCACUCCUCAAGUUCAUAUCUGAUCUAGUGCAUCAUUUGAGCUCUUCUGGCCCUGAAUUCAAGAAGAAAAUCAAACAGCAUGAGAUUCCGGAUGAUUCAUCUGAAUUCCAAAAUGGUACUGCUAAUGGAAUGAGUUCCAAGGAAAAUGAUGAUGAUUAUUUGGACUCUAAUGGAGAGGAAAUAACAAAGGAGGAUUUUGAGAUGCUUAAUAACCUUCAAGUUAGCUUGACUUCUCUUCAGAAUCUACUGACCAGUAACCCUGGCCUGGCCUCAGUUUUUUCUACCAAGGAACAGCUUGUGCCUCUUUUUGAGUGCUUGACUGUAGCUGCUCUUAAUGACAAUAAUAUUCCUAAAACAUGUCUAAUUGUGCUCUCCCUUCUGACAGUAUACGCUCCUUGCUUAGAAGCUAUGGUUGCAGAAAGGGCCAACCUAAUUCUUCUAUUGCAAAUGCUUCACAGCAAUCCUAUAUGCAGAGAAGGAGCUCUUGCUGUUCUAUAUUCCUUGGCAGGAACACCUGAGCUUGCAUGGGCUGCUGCUAAGCAUGGUGGUGUUGUGUACAUUCUUGAACUUAUUCUACCACUGCAAGAAGAAAUCCCUUUGCAACAAAGAGCAGCAGCUGCCUCAUUAUUAGGAAAGCUUGUGUCACAACCAAUGCACGGACCCAGAGUAGCAAUUACGCUUGCAAGGUUUUUACCAGAUGGCUUGGUCUCUGCUAUCAGAGAUGGGCCAGGUGAAGCUGUUGUCACGUCACUUGAACAGACAACUGAAACACCAGAGCUUGUAUGGACCCCAGCCAUGGCAGCUUCUCUCUCUGCACAGUUAUCUACCAUGGCAUCAGACCUCUAUCAGGAGCAGAUGAAAAGCCGUGUUGUUGAUUGGGAUAUACCGGAGCAGGCAUCUGGGCAACAUGUGAUGCGAGAUGAACCACAGGUUGGGGGAAUUUAUGUCAGGUUAUUCUUGAAGGACCCCAAGUUCCCUCUAAGAAAUCCAAAGAGAUUCUUGGAAGGACUGUUGGAUCAGUAUGUUUCAUCCAUUGCUGCAACUCAUUAUGAUACACACACGGCUGAUUCCGAGCUUCCUUUGCUACUGUCUGCUGCACUUGUGUCCUUGUUGCGGGUACAUCCUGCACUCGCAGAUCAUGUGGGAUAUCUUGGAUAUGUUCCGAAGCUUGUUGCUGCCAUGGCCUAUGAAGGACGGAGGGAAACAAUGGCAGCUGGAGAGUCGAAAUCUGGGAGCCAUGCCCGUUCUGAUGAAUAUGAUGAAUCUGAGAACACAAAAGCGGAGGCCAGUGGACAGACCUUCCAGGAACGUGUGCGCCUGAGUUGCUUGCGAGUUUUGCACCAACUUGCAUCUAGUACAACUUGUGCUGAAGCCAUGGCAGCGACAAGUGCAGGGACUCCUCAGGUGGUACCUUUGCUCAUGAAAGCAAUCGGAUGGCAAGGUGGUAGUAUUCUAGCAUUGGAGACAUUGAAACGUGUUGUAGUUGCUGGGAAUCGAGCUAGAGAUGCACUUGUUGCCCAGGGAUUGAAGGUUGGGCUUGUUGAAGUCCUCCUUGGCCUACUUGAUUGGCGUGCUGGAGGAAGGCAUGGGCUAUGCGCACAAAUGAAGUGGAACGAAUCUGAAGCUUCCAUAGGCCGAGUUCUUGCUGUAGAGGUCUUGCAUGCAUUUGCAACGGACGGUGCUCAUUGUGCUAAAGUUCGUGACAUUUUGAAUUCUUCUGAUGUAUGGAGUGCCUAUAAAGAUCAGAAGCAUGACCUUUUCCUCCCUUCAAACGCCCAGUCUGCUGCUGCUGGAGUGGCAGGUCUCAUUGAAAGCUCAUCGUCAAGGCUGACUUAUGCUCUUACCGCCCCGCAACCACAGCCAGCUCUCGUGAGACUCCCGUCUUCAUCUUCUCCUUCUUCUGCUACUACUGCAGCCAAAUCUGAGUGGAGGCCCUUAUAGAGAGAGAGAGAGUGUGUGUGAGAGAUUGAUUGUUUUCUUUACGGAUUUUGGAUCAACAUCACAGUAUAUAUUGUACAGUUUCCCAGUUAUAGAGGAAAAAAAAAUUGCAUAUCAUCAUCA